GAGCGUCGCGUACGUUUGCGCGCGUCUCUUUGCUUGUGUGUGUGUGUAAGUGUGUGUGCAUGUGCAGUGUAAUUUAAAAUAAGAGACUUGCAUAUUAUAUUACAACAUAUUGUUGCAAUCAAUAAAGAGCUGCAGAAAAGCAAAUGCAAACACACAAAAGUUAAACCAACAUGAAGCAGCCUCAAUUUGAUUUCAAUUAAGUAUGGGAAUGGCUGACAAGAGGCCGUUGCUGGACUACACGGAUGAUGUGGAGGGCAAGGAUGGCUGCCAGGAUGCCCAGGAGCCGGCCUUGAUGGGCAUUGGCUUCAAGCCUGGACAAGCGCCGACGCUUCUCUGGUAUUUUCGACAGAUUGUGCUGCGACGGAAGCUGGUGCUCGGCCUGUUCUUGAUGUUUGUGUUCUCCUACUUUCUGAUUGGACCGGCAGAUGUACUGGAUCUGGACAAUAUACAGGUGCAUCAUCAGUCGAAUGUCCUGGACAUGGAAGGCUAUCUCGUCUAUAGCAACCACUGCCGGAUUGUGGAUCUGGAUCCGUACAAGCGCGAGGUGAUGCGCCACUUCAAGCGGGUCGCCUACAAGUCCUGCAAGUCCCAUCCUCCCCUCACCAUCAUCCACUACAAUGCAACUACUCAGCGCUAUGUCCUGAACAUCGAUGCCUCCGCCCUGGCCAACUCGAAGAAGCGCAGCAAACUGAGCUGCUGCUACAUGGGCGUGGAGCGUGUCAGCGAAACGGAUGUGAGCUACACGCCGUGCGUGAAAUUCAAGAGUGGAGCACAGCUGGACAAUGCGACCGACAGCAUUAUAGUCAAGUGCAAGGUGGAACGGGAUCAAGUCUACAUCAAUGGACACCCGACCAUACCGGAGAGAUCCGCCGUGCGACAGAGACUCGAUCACUGGGCGCAGAAGGACCAAGGCAAACGUGUGCCCAGCGUGUUGAUGAUUGGCAUCGAUAGCAUCUCGAGGGUGAACCUCAUACGCGCCAUGCCCAAGACAGCGCAGUACCUCUACGACAACGACUGGUUCGAGCUGGCGGGCUACAACAAGAUUGAUGACAAUACAUUUCCCAAUAUUAUGGCACUCAUGCUGGGCUACAAUCUAUCGACUGCCAUGAAGCGCUGUAAUCCCUACACAAUAAACGGCCUGGACAGAUGUGACUUCAUAUGGAAGCUGUUCCAGAAACAUGGCUAUGUUACGGCCUACGGCGAGGAUGCAAUCAAGAUCAAUACCUUCAACUACCUGAAGAAGGGCUUCCAGCAGCCCCCCGUGGACUACUACAUGCGGCCGUACUUGUAUGCGGCGGAGAAGCUGCUGGGUGGCAACAGUGUGCUCGGCAUGCCCCAUUGCGUGGGCUAUGCGACGGAGGCGGAGCACGUGUAUAACUACGCCCAGGAGUUUGCCAGGCGCUACCACAACGACAGCUUCUUCGGCUUCUUCUGGACGAACACGCACAGCCACAGCGACAUCUCGCAGACCAGCUCCAUGGACGAGUACCUGAGAGGAUAUAUGCAACGCCUGGUGGCACAGGGCACCAUGGAGAAUAGUGUCGUCGUCUUCUUCAGUGAUCACGGUCUGCGUUUUGGACCAACGCGUUCCACCGGAUCCGGGCAUUUGGAAGAGCGAUUGCCCUUCCUGUUCAUUUGGUUGCCGGAAUUUGUGAGAAAAGCACAUCCGGAAUUUGUGGAUGCACUGAGAAUAAACCGAAAUCGUCUGACCACGCCCUACGACCUGCACUUGACACUGAAGCACAUACUUUCGCUGACGGGUCGAGUUGGCAGCCAGGAAGAUCUGGGUGGAGCCAAGGACUGUCCGCAGUGCCAGAGCCUCCUGCUGCCUGUGCCGCUGAGUCGAAGCUGCGAGGAUGUUGCCAUUGAAGACCACUGGUGCACCUGCUGGCCCUACGACAGUGUGUACCAUAACUCCAAGGUUGUGCGACAGAUGGCCGAGUAUGUGGUGCGGUAUCUUAAUGAUUAUGUGGGCAGCUUCCGCAAUGGCAGCCUGGCGCAUCUUUGCCAGCCACUGACGCUGCAGAGCAUGAGCGAAGCGUACAAGGCGUACCUGAAGGAUAUGUAUCCAAAGAAUAUAGAAAUCUACCGUCUCAUCUUCUACACUAAUCCGAACAAGGCGCUCUACGAGGCGACAGUGCGCUUCAACGAUCUGCUGCCAGACAACGAGAGUUUCUCCGUGACGGGCUCGGUGAGCCGUCUCAACGAGUACAACGGCGAGGCGGACUGCAUGGAAGACUUUGCCAUCAAAAAGUACUGCUACUGCAAAAAUACAAGAUAUUAA